GUGGGGGGACCAAGCGUGACUCUCAAAAUCUACUCAUUCUCUCUCUCUCUCUCUCUCUCUCUCUCUCUCUCUCCUCUAAAAAAUCAGCUCUGAAUGCAUAGGAGCAAAAAGAAAAGGGCGUCGUCUUCUCCGUCUUCGUCUUCGUCUCCGUCUUCAGGAGAUUGUCCGACUGGUUCGGCUCCCUUUUUCCGGGAAUCCUCUCCUUUCUUUUGUUCUUUGCGGAUUUCGACGAUGUCCCGGAUUUUCGAGGGCAGAUUGAGAUUCUGAACAAAGACAGGAUUUUUCUUUUUUUCCUCCAUCUCUCUCGGGGGCCGGUCAAAAGUUGGACUCGAGGGAAGUGUAAAAUGGAAGGCGACGCAUUCUCUGGGUUCGGCGGUGGGGCUCACCACCACCAGAUAGACACCAAGAUAUUGCAGACCUUCCAGAAGAGCUUCGUGCAGGUGCAGGACCUACUGGACCAGAACAGGCGCCUGAUCAACGAGAUAAACCAGAACCAAGAGUCCCGGGUCCCCGACAGCCUGAGCCGGAACGUGGGGCUGAUCCGCGAGCUCAACAACAACAUCCGGAGGGUGGUCGACCUCUACGCCGGUCUGUCGAGCAACUUCGCCAAGUCCAUGGACGCUUCUUCUGAGGGUGACUCCAGUGGCGGCGCUCUGAGAUCAGACGCCAAAGCUGGGCUCAAGAGAAACAGACCUGCAUAGACAGAUUCAAGAAAGCAAAAACAAAAAAGUCGUACCCUUUUGCUUAUUCUCUCUGUAGUUUUGAUGGGAUGAAGUCAGAUGAAGAAAGCAGAAGAAGGAGAAGAAGAAGAAGAAGAAGAAGAAAGUGGGGUUCUUGGGUGCGUGGUGGUAGAAUGUGGUUUUAUUAAGUGCUUGAUCCAUCAUGAAGUCACUGGAGUGGCUCUGAACUGUGUCUCUUGCGGUUCUGUUUUCACCCCCUGAUUCAUCCGUACUUCCUUCUUCACUAGGAGGAGAAUAAUUGUUCCAAAGAG